UACGUUUUCUUUACUUUUUACGUUCUUUUUUAUAUUUACUUGCUAUUGUUGAGAAUUUUUAUGUGCAAUUAGUUUUUAUUUACGUAAAGAAUAUUUGUUUUGCCUUUUCCAACUGUUCAACAGUCCAAGGCUGUUUGAUUGAUAUUUUACGAUGAAUAUCAAAGAUCUUCAUAAAAGGUAGCGAGAUAUUUUGACGCCCACGGAAGUGUAAUACUAACGGCCUUAAAAGGUAGUUUUUCCUAAUUCCCGCAAAAAUAUGUGCGCGUAAGGUGGUGUAGCGAUAAGUUGUGUAUUGUGUACGAGACAAUGAGCGAGUCGCCAGGCGUAGAGUGGCUGCCGGCCUACAGCCCAGGUCCGCCGCGCCACAGUCCCCUCGGCCCAAUCCCUCGGUUUCUCUACGAAGAUGUUCAACCGCCUUGCCUCCAACAAGAAAAUAACAACAAGGAAGUAGACCUAAAAGAAAACUUGAACAAAAUCAAACACACAAAACCUGCAUACAGUUAUGCAAGUAUGAUCAGACUGGCAAUCAGCAGCUCGCCCAAUGGAAAGAUGACCCUCAAUGAGAUUUAUAACUACAUUUGUAAUGCAUUCCCAUAUUACAAAGAAGCUGGCAAAGGUUGGAUGAAUUCGAUCAGACAUAACUUAUCACUGAACAAGUGCUUCAUGAAGGUGCCUCGCAGCAAGGAUGAUCCAGGCAAGGGCUCUUAUUGGGCCAUGGACACCAGUUACAAGAUGGCAGAGGUCACGCCGCGUCGCCGGCGCAGCCUCAGGAUGGCGCCGUACAGUCCGGAAUGUAGUUCAAACAGCAGCGGGGAGGCGGGCAUGUUACCUUGUGCCAUAGACGCCGCUCCUACGCCCCCCGCCACGCCCACCACUCCCACCUCGCCUACUGUCACUGCUGUCACCACGGUCAAGGAGGAGCCUGUGGUUAAAGAAGAGAACGAUAUGAGCCACACCGAUGACGCACUCUCUGCUCUUAUGAACGAAGAGCUGAUGCCAGAUGUAGACAUCAGUAGAGAACGGUGGUGGUGGUCUGGUGGAAGGCGACAUGUUUGCGGGGCACUUCGGCACAGCUCGCUCACAGACGACUACGGCAACUUUGUGGAGGUGCGCGACGACUGCGACUGUCCCGUUGACUGCGAGGACACGCCCCUUUCGCCUCAAGCCACGCCCCCCGCGCCUCUAGCCACGCCCCCAGCCGCGCUCUGGCCCCCAACAUUAUAACACCGCCCGUGUCGCAAUCUGAACCCUACCGCAGGUCAGUUAAAGGCCAGUUUUGAUUGCAACAGCCAGGAGACAUCAUAUUCAACCUUUGAAUGGUCAGUUUAGUUAAGAUUUUUCAUAUUUCACGGUGCUCUCCGUUGGGCUUUUAUACUCAUCAACUUAAUUGUUGUAUUAUUUCAUUAAUUAGUUAAUAUAUGAGUACAUUUAUAUGGUAUUAUAUAGUCGGAUGUGUCGUCCGACAGUCUACAAUGUUAGUUAUUUUGUGUGGAUUGCUGGUAGAGUAGUAUACACGUAUAUAGAAUUUAGUAUUACUUUGUAUAGUUGUAUCGAUUCAAUUUACAAUACUGCUGUCAAUUAUGACAGAUUAUAAAAUGUUAAUGCAUUUAAUUUGGAUUUCACAUAAAAUUAAAUAAUUUAAUAUAUUGAAACUACUUAAAAUAUCAUAUAUAAAUCUAACAGG